CUUGCUCACGACGACGACGAAAGGAAUUGCGAUGCAGUUGUCGCACGAUCAUGGCGAUGGCGAUGGCGAUGGCGAGACCCGACCCGCACUGCUGAGCUCCAUUUACUCUCUCGCUCUCUGCCCCUCUCUCAAUCAGUGGCAGCUCUAGUGCUGCUGCUGCUGCCACUAUUUCUACUACCGCAGGGCGUUGUGGCUCAGCAGCGUGGCUGCCGUGGAGGUGGAGCUUGCUUCGGUGGAGGAUUGGCUGGCAUGAGGGGCGGAGGAAGGGCGGGGGGCACCAUGGGGGGGCUGUGAGACAAUUUAGUGUGUCAGUGUGUGUGUGUGGUGGGGUUGGUGUAGUAGAUCCGGGCAUUCGUGGUGGUCAUCGGGGAGGAGGAGGAGGAGGAAGGGGGACGACGAUGGAGCCGGACGUGAGGGUGGAGGGCGGGAGUAUUAUCCGAUUGGCAGUAGUGGCCACCGGAGAGAUGCCGCCAUCGCAUUUCCGGGAUUAUGUGGAGAUGUUGUUGCAGCAUACGAAAAUCCCGCUGUCGAGCGUGAGUCCCUAUUACACCGAGCAUCAGAAGAGUCCUUUUUCGCAGCAGCCAUGGGACACGGGGAGUCUAUUGUUGAAGUUUGUGGUGGGCGGGGCGACGAGCAGUCCCUGGGAGGAUUUCCAGACGCACAGGAAGAUUUUAGGGGUGAUCGGAUUGUGUCAUUGUCCGCUCACGUCAGAGAUUAGUUCUGCGUAUGAGCAGUUUUUGACGAUCUGCAAGGCGUAUCCAUCCGCGCAGGUGAUGCGAUGCUUUGCGUUUCAUCCGACACCCGCGCAGAUGGACUUGGACGAAGAGAAGAAGAAAGAGUUUCUGGUGAUGUUCCCGUCUGCAGAUCGGCAGCAGCUGAAAACUCACAUGCAGACGCUUAUGCAGGAUUUCUCCGCGUCGUUGCUGAUGGCUUUCGAAAGCUCGGUGCUGCACCUCAAGCCUGUGCGCCUCGUCACUCCUUUGGAUUCUCAGGUUUCGCUCACUUCUGACGAGGUCAAUAAGAAGAGGAAGUUGGGUCGGGUGCAGAAAACGAUGGGGGAUUAUUGCUUGCUUGCAGGAUCACCGUUAGAUGCCAAUUCGCAUUACUACACUGCUAUUGAAUUAGCCCGGCUCACUGGCGAUAAUCUGUGGCAAGCAGGAGCCAUUGAAGGUUACGUGUGUUCUAUUGUUCUGGAUCGAGCUGGGGAUAAGGAUUACCUGUUGGAGCAGGAAGUGCAGUUUCGAUAUUCGGAGGUGAUCCAGUUGUACCGCAGGGCAACGGCUCUGUCUUUUGAAUUGGAGGCAACUCUAAAGCUCGCGAGGUUUCUCUGCAGGAAGGAGCUUGCUAAAGAUGUCGUUGAGCUAGUGAUGGGAGCCGUAGAAUGGUCCAAGGGCUUGAUGGAUGCUAGCGAUCGAUUGGUGGUCAAUGUCGAAGCAGCUCGAAUCUUUGCUGCGAUCGGCUACAAUCGCAAAGCAGCCUUUUACGGACGGCAGGUGGCUUUGUUGUACCAACAGCAGCACAGUCAUUGGGCUGCCGUUAGUGCCCUGCAAGUGAUGUCGCUCACUGCCGAGUCUUACAAAUGCCCCAGUAACAAGGCGGAAGCUAAAGACAGACAAUUGGGUGAAUGGAGCACUUUGCAAAUGGACGUAUUGUAUGAUGUGCUCUCUGCUGCAGUUCGUGCAGGAGAUGCAUUGGCUGCUUGGAAUGCGGCUGCUCGAUUACUCAGGAAUCAUUUUCCUCUCAUUCCACCAAGUUCGCAAUCAACCUUGGCAACUGCUCUUUCCACGUCUGCCAAGCGCCUGGACCCUGGGACGAGAUCGCCCGACCCAGGUAUUCCGUUUGUCAGAUUACAUUCCUACACUGCAAUGGCAGCGGACAGGGAAAUCGUAAAGCGAACUGUGAACGCGAACGAAUGGUGGAAGGGACGCACUUCAACUGGUCCAUUCAUAUACACUCCUUUUGCUGUAAAGGGUGAUGCUAAUACUAGAAUUCCAGUCACAUGGGUUGUAGGAGAACCCGUGGAAGUUUUAGUGGAGCUUGCCAACCCUUGUGUGUUCGAGGUUAUUGUUGAUAGCAUUGCUCUGUCCGUGGAGCACAAAAAAUUUGAGGCUUUUCCUGUUUCGGUCACACUCCCUCCGAGUUCGGGUCAAGUUGUGUCACUAUCUGGAUUACCUCUUGCAGUAGGGUCGCUCACGGUGAGGGGUUGUAUCGUGAAGUACUUCGGAGUAAUAACAGAGCACUUAUUUGAGGAAGUCAGUGAAUGGGGUUCAGUGAAAGGGACAGCAUUAGUGGAUCCCUUUCGAAGUGGCCACAAGGUUCGUCAGCCUGCUCAGUAUGAGAAAGUGGAGGUGGUCCCGCCAUUGCCUCUGCUUGUGGCAAGAGUUGUGGGUGGAGAGGGAGCCGCUGUUUUGUACGAGGGUGAAAUUAGAGAGAUGCAAAUUAGUUUAUCCAAUGCUGGUGUAGUCCCAGUAGUGGAAGCCCAUAUGACAUUGACGGGCAAAUACCAGCAGCAUGUGAUGUGCAUAGGACACAGUGUGCUGGAAGAUGCUCUACCGUUGCCCCCGGGUGCCACAGUAGUUGUGCCAGUGACUUUGAAAGCUGGUGCACCUACGGCUGAUAUAGAUUUUCGUAAUCUGGUCAGGCCCACGAAAGAUGCUGCAAGUCCUAUGUUAGUUAUUCACUACGCAGGGCCGUCGGUUCCAGAAGGGGUAGAACCACCUCCUGGUAGGCGAGUAGCCUUGCCGCUGCAACUGCAUGUCUUGAAAGGCCUUUGUCUGGUCCAAGCGAAGUUUUUGUCUAUGGAAGUGGCAGCUAAUAUCAGCAGCUCACUUCCCGACUCUGUUGCUUGUGAACAACUGUCGGAGGGUGGAGAAAGUCUAGUAAAAAUGGACCCUUAUAGAGGUAGUUGGGGUAUGCGGCUUCUUGAGCUGGAGCUUUGGAAUGCAACGGAUGUGCUGUUUGAGAUAGUCGUCACUAGCAAGGAUGCUGGAGAGGGAAGCAGAUUGGAAGAUGCUGAGUGUUUAUACCCUCCUACAAGGAUAGACCGAGAUUACGCUGCUCGAGUGCUUAUCCCCUUGGAACACUUCAAGUUAGCUGGCCUGGACAAAGCUAGUCUUGCACGAGCAUCUAUACGGAAAGAGUCCAUCCUUAAGUCCAAGGAUGGAACAGACCGGCAGGCUAAAGCGGAGCUUAACGCAGCAAUCGAAGAACUUAGUUCUAAAAUAUGUGUGAGAUGGACAUCCGGUCGUAACAGUGCUGGAGAAUUGCCGAUAAAAGAUGCUCUUAGAGAAGCUCUGCAGGCAUCUGUUCUGAAAAUCCUAUUGCCUGAUCCUUUAACAUUCGGUUUUCGACUUGCGAAAACCUCUAUUUCAGCUCCCUCACUGAGAAGCGCUAGAGACAGUGGUGACCUUGAUAAUCUUCCCGGGUCACCUAGAAUAGGACUGCAGAAGGUGGAAGCAGAUGACGGAGGUCUAGCUGCAGAUAACAAGGGCGGAAUUGGUGUUCGAGAAUUGACACCCAUCGAAAUGUUGGUCCGGAACAACACGAACGAGUCCGUCAAAAUGACACUUAGUGUUACCUGUAGGGAUGUUACGGGUACAAGUUGCAUGAGUGCUGCUGGUGCUAAAGCGACAGUGCUCUGGGCUGGAACGCUUGAUGGAGUGGAUGUGGAGGUAGGGGCUCUUGGGGAGGCCGUGCAUCGGUUUGCCCUCUGUUUCUUGGUCCCCGGCCAAUACACAUUAUUGGGUUCAGCUGUGAUUGAUUCUCAGCCUACUCAUGAAGCCUUAAGCUACACGGGCCCACCCUUUGCAGUACAUGUUGUAGAAACCAGCUAAUUUUUUCUUUUCACAGCUCUGCGACUUGAACUGCAUGUGGAAACACCCAUCCAUAGUGGCUCUCUCACGCAAAAGUCCGUUCUGUCCUGUCCUGAACUUGUAGCGUUCUCAAAAGCUGUGCCAACUCGUAUUUCAAGCUGCCUGACAUGUUCAGCUCUAGUGGCAACGAUGUGGUACGAACUCACAGCUCUAUUUCAGCUGCCCAAGUUCUAAAGAAAAGAAAUGGAAAAGCAGGAGAGGUUAAACGAUAUCUCUGUUCUGAAUUUCAUAAUUCUGGGUGGAUACUCCCCAGAGAUAGUUUACUCAUUUUUCUCCAGUAGCCUCAAGGGAAAAAGUGGAAUGGUAGUAUUGCCUCCGCUUGCAGGCCUGGUGCAGGUUUACGUACAGAACGACAUUAACGCCGUCCUGGGCUGUUAUAAACAUUGUUGAUUGAGGGUCGGCUUUUGAUAAGGGGAAUAGGUUUGGAAUCUUUGACUGGUCGUGGGAUCUUUAGGUACAAGUUCCUUUUCUGGGCGCGAAGCUCGGCACAAUCAUUUUUUCUGCACUGCAAGGAGCCGGAAGCAUUCCUGUCCAUCAGCAGAAACAGCGGAUGCAGGUUUUUUCCUAACGUAGUAGACUCAAGCGUUUCAUUUUGAUUCUACUCAGUAAUUGUAAGUCUCUGAAACCUAUAAUCUGAUGUUGAUCACUGUAACAUAGAGGUUCUGGUGAAGACUCCGUCCAGUACUCAGCCUCACUUUUUGUGAAGCAAGCCAGAAACUCCUUGGGAACUUUCAGAUAAUGUUGUUAAGAAAAUUCUUUAAUCCCGUAAGGGUCAAUAGGUUAGCUUUAUGUUGUGGAAUCUAUCACAGUCCACACACAUAUGUAAUUGUUUUUAGCUUUUUAAAUAACAAAAGAGUUUGAGCGCUAAUUGAUAUU